AUGGCAUUGUCAACAAUCGUCAAAUACGUUCAGCGAAAGCAUUUCAGCGAAGAAAUUUGUUCAUUGAGAGACGGUAAAGAGUUAAAUCGUAAAAAUGCAUUGAAAAAAUUGAACGUUUUUUUGGACAGUGACCAGUUAUUGCGCGUAGGCGGCCGGUUAAACAAUGCACAAUGCGUCUACGAUCGAAAACAUCAAAUAAUAUUGCCACGAAAUGAUGAAGUAACAGUUUUAUUAAUUCGUGAACAACACUUGUUUGGCUUGCAUAGUGGGCCAAAAUUGACGGAGACACUUUUGCGGCGAAAAUAUUGGAUCAUCGAUAUGAAACGUACUGUUAAACGAGUUGUUCGGAAAUGUGUGGUUUGUGCAAAAAUUCAACCACGCACAAUGGAACAGCUGAUGGGCAGCCUGAAAAACGAGUGA